CGCAUGAGCAUGAAAUAUCAGCACCUCUCUCACUUCGCAAUCAAUCUGCUGCAGGUGGUCGACCCCACAACAUCACACUCUUCACACACGGCCUCACUUUGGGUGGAUAUUACAAAAGAAACUCCAGAAAAAAUACCAAGUGCUUCUUUUCAGACUUCAGCAGCGGAAGAAGGCCAAAUAUUCAAAUUCUGCAGUUUUCAGAUGUUUUACAACAUGACCGGGACAGCUGUGAUAAUGAUGUGCCUGCUGCUCACCUUUUCUGUGGACGCAGAAGACAAGUCAAGGCUGUACAGAAGGCCUGCAUGUGGAGACAUGUCAAUGAAUCAUGCAUGUCCCCUGAACUACUCUCCAGUCUGUGGAAACGAUGGUGUGACUUAUCCCAACGAAUGUGCUCUGUGUGUGCACAGACUGCACACCAACUCUGAUGUUCUGAUCGUGAAAGAAGGGGGCUGCUGAGGAGUGCAGGUAUCGCCUCCCUCACCUGAUCUCCACUUCUGCGUUCGUUUUUUGUGCUUGUUAUGGUGCACUUUUCUACUCCUAUUUACUCUGCACCUAGAACACGUAAUCGUUUUCCUACAUAUACUCAUAUAGAUGUGAACAUGCUGCUUAUGUUUGAAUUUUGCUAUUAAAUAUUCAUUCCAUGUAUUAUCAAA